CUGGCGUUUGCGCGUGGCCGGGCGUGGGCUCCAGGCGCGCUCCCGCUCCCUCCUCCUCCUCCUCCUCCUCCUCCGCCCGGCCAGACUCGGGACUCGCUCGGAAGCGGCGGCGGCGGCGGCUAAGGUUGCAGCGCCCGGCCGCUCCUGCCGCGCCUCCGACCGCCGGGCAUCGCCCCUCCUCGUCCUCCCGCCGGCCGCCUCCAACGAGACCUGGAUGGGCGCUCUCCCUCCUGGCCCCGCCGAGGCCCUCUGAGCAGCCGCCGUUGCAACAGCAGCAGCCGCCGCCGAGCGCUUAAGCCGGGCUGCCCCCGGAGAGAGAAGGCGCCGCUCUCCCGGGAUCGCCGUCCCCGACCCCGCCGCCCCUCGCUCUCCUCCGGGCUUCCCGGCGCGCAUCUCUUCUCCUUCUCCCCCGCGGGCGAGAAGCUCGGGCGCCGCCAUCCGAUGUGAGCCGCUUUCCCAGCGCUGAGCUCGCUCCGGAGGAGGAAAGAGGCGCCCGGGCUGGGCUGGGCUGAGAGUCGGACGGAGGAGCGAUCGAGAGCGGGGAAGGCGAGGAUCGAACCACCAGAUCCCCCCCCCCCACUCCCGCCAAGCGAUCGGGGAAGCCAAGGAUCGAAUCCCCCCCCCUACUCACCCCGAAGGGUCGGUGGGCGCUGCGGUCCCCCCUGCCCACGAGGGGGCGUGUCUGCGGGCGACCCCCGGGGGCUCCUCUGCUCGCCCCCCCCGCUUUGCCCCUUCGGCCAAGGAGAAGAAGAAGGAGGAGGGGAGGGGUCCCUGGCGCGGACCCCCUUGAUGCCCCAUCCCCGGGGGAGCCUUCCCGCUCGGCGCCUCGCCCCCCAUUAACUUUGCCCCCCACCCACCCACCCAACCGCUUCCAACGGGGCGAAAGAAGUCUCCGAUGGCCGGACCAAGGCAGCAGCUGAGCUGGCUCCGGGGCUGGUGGACUACUGGCGUGUGUUUGGCGACCCUGGGCUUCCCAGGCCUCUGGGCUCAGAAGGUGCUUGUCAACGAGACGGUCUCCGGCUUCAUCGGCACCGACGUGGUCCUUCAUUGCAACUUGGACAAGAUCAACCACACGAGGAUCACCCAGGUCACCUGGCAGAAAUCCAGCAAUGGCUCCAAGCAAAAUGUGGCCAUCUUCAACCCCAACAUGGGUGUCUCCAUCCUGCCCCCCUACGAGGAGAGAGUGGUCUUCCAGAACCCUUCCAGAACCGAUGGGACCAUCAAGCUGUCCAGCCUCCAGUUGGACGACGAAGGGAUCUACAUCUGCGAGUUUGCCACCUUCCCGACCGGCAAUCUGGAAAACCAACUCAAUCUCACCGUCUUGGCCAAACCAGUGAAUCGGAUGGAGGGUACCACCAAACCACUGAUCGCCAGGGCCGGCAUGACCGAGAAAAUCCUGGUGGCCACCUGCACCUCCUCCAAUGGGAAGCCCCCCAGCACUGUGACCUGGGAGACUAAGCUGAAAGGCGAGGCGGAAUUCCGGGAGAUCCGCAAUGAGAAUGGCACCAUCACUGUCAUCAGCCGCUACCGCCUUCUACCAAGCCGGGAGGCCCACCAACAGCAGCUAAAGUGCGUGGUGAACUACCAGUUGGAGCGUUUUACGGAGAGCAUGACCCUCAACGUGCUGUACGAACCCGAGGUUAGAAUCGAUGGUUUUGACAGCAACUGGUACCUCAACCGGAAGGAUGUGAAACUGACCUGCGUAUCCGACGCCAAUCCUCCCGCCACCGAGUACCAAUGGAAGCGGCUGAAUGCCUCGUUGCCGGACAGCGCCGAAAUUCAAAACAGCACUCUGUUCUUUAAAGGACCGGUCUCAUACAGCCUAUCGGCAACAUAUAUCUGCGAAGCCACCAACACCAUCGGCACCCGAUCUGGGCAGGUGGAAGUGAAUGUCACAGAAUUCCCCUACACCCCGUCUCCACCGGGCACAUCCGUGGCACAUCCGACUGUCCCCACCGCCGUGAUUGGGGGCGUGGUGGGCGGAGCCUCGUUGGUCGUAGUGGUGGCCGUGGUCGUCCUUAUGGUGCUCCGUCACCGGCGACACACUUUCAAGGGCGACUACAGCACCAAGAAGCACGUCUAUGGCAACGGGUACAGCAAGGCGGGCGUCCCUCAGCAUCACCCACCCAUGGCCCAGAACCUUCAGUAUCCUGACGAUUCAGACGACGAGAAGAAGCCCGGCCCUCUGGGCAGCAACAGCUACGAGGACGAAGACGAUGAUGGCGCCGGGGCCGAACGGAAGCACCGGUCCUGUCCCAACAAGUACGAGGAGGACUCCAAGCGGCCUUACUUCACGGUGGAUGAGGGCGAAGCCCGCUCUGAAGCCUACAAUGAACGGACACUUGGAUUCCAGUAUGACCCCGAGCAACUAGACAUAGCCGAUAACAUGGUCUCUCAGAAUGACGGGUCUUUUAUUUCCAAAAAAGAGUGGUAUGUGUAGCGUGGUCCACCUCCUCCCCUCUCUUGCCCUCUCUUCACUGGCCACAUCCUGCCUCCGUGCCCCGGGGCUGGUGGCUGCUCCUCAGAGCCCGUGUGCCUUGUCACACGGCCAGAAGUCCCCUGCCCACCCAACACACGCACACCCAGAGACCUCCAUCCGCUGGGCGGUGGGACGCAGUACAGGGACACUCGGGAAGCCAACGAGAACUUCCACUACUUUGGGGGCACCUCGGAGCAGGCAAAGCAGGGGAGUUGGGGUGGGGCGGGAGGGAUGUUGCUUGGCUUAAUGAAUUUAUUUUUCCUGGGGGAGAGGAGAGCCUUGUUUCUUUUCCCCUGCUUAAUUUUCUCCGACAGAGAUUUGUCCCUUACUGUGUCGUUUGUACUGAUCAGUGGUGGCUUUGAUGUUAAUACUUUUAAUUAUUAUUGCCUGUCUUUGUAUAGUAUACCGACUCCCGCCCCACGUACUCCUCCUGUUUGCAUCUUAAAAGUGUCUCUUGGUCUCCUCCUUGUGGGCUCCUCUCACCCUCCCAACUCAAAAAACACUGGAAUUUGUUUAUGGUCUUAACUUUCGGGAGGGGAGGGGACCCCCACCCACCCCACCCCGUGGACCUUGGAAAGCAAGGUGGGGCUUGGGGGUUUACAGACACCGAAAGCACAAAAGCACAGAAUUGGGAGGGCCAAGAGCUUCGCUCCUUUCUGAUUAUCCUGGAUCCCUGGGGCCUUCCUUUCAGCAUCUUCGCUGUGGCCAUUUCCCACGAUGCACUUGUGGUGGGAAGAGAAUGAUCACCUGCCUUGAUUCGUGGCUACACAAAAACGAAACAAAACCAGACUCAACUUCAUCUUCAGAAGGACCUUUGGGGGGAGGGAGAAAGAAACAAAACAAGAGUGCAUGAUAUCCAGGAGUAUGUAAUAAGUGUGGGUCUCUCUUUCUGUUGUUGUUGUUGUCGUCGUUAUGUUCUUAAUUAUGAUUUUAAGAGAGAGGUUCUGGGUCUGUUAAGGUUUGCAUGGCAUAUUAUCUUUUCUUCUUCUUUUCUUUCCUUCUCCCCAUUUGCUCCUGGACCCAACCUCCUUGUCAAUGAGGACCUUCUUAAUAGUCACUUGCCUGAGUCCAUUCCUACCCGUUUCUCAUUCCUGGAACUGUCAAGUCAGUGAACAGGCUAGCAAGAAGUUGCUUGUUCUCCUUCAUCAAGUCUCGGGGUUUAACGUUGGAAGCCUGGUGAAGCUUAACAGGCUGAACACCGGCUUCGUGUGCAAGUACCGGAGUGGCUCCAAAUCCAGCCACUGGCUCUUCCAAUUAAAUAGUCUCCCGGGGCCAGCAAAGAGAGAGAGAGAGGUGUGUGAAGCUAGG